AGAACCACAUAUACCACAUAUGCUUCUAGUUUGUAGUCUAAAGUUCAGAAAAAUAUUUUCCCUCAUCAAAGAUGGCGUGCCACAAGGGAGGCGAAAUAUGAAGUUCUUCCGGUGGAACUCUGCCCAAAGUAGUGAUGGUGGGUAUGAGCGUCCUACGGUCUGCUGCCGCUUUGGCAGGCAGAUUGAAUCCUUUAAAAAGCAACAUUCCCGUCGGGACUUUACUCUCUGGCUCGGCAUUAAAAACAGAAAAGGCGGUGGUACGAUACGGCAGCCAUGGGAAGAAAAUGUUCAUCAUCAAACCAUCUGAUUACUACGACAGAAGGUUUCUGCGUCUCUUGCAAUACUACACACUGCUGACAGGAAUUCCUCUCGCUGCAUUCAUCACCUUUGUCAAUGUGUUUAUUGGUGAUGCAGAGUUGGCCGAGAUCCCUGAGGACUAUGUGCCAGACCACUGGGAGUACUAUAAGCACCCCAUCACCAGGUGGAUAGCGAGGAACCUUCUGGAUGAUCCAGCGAAGGAGUACGAGAAGAUGAUGGCACUGGUGCAAAUGGAGCAGGAGAAGACAGAGAUGAGAAAUCUGCAGAUGCAGGUGCGCCGCCACAUGCGUCAGAAGGGUGACGGGGCAUGGUUCCAGGUGGAGACCAUUGACAAGUCUCUCAUCGACUACUCUCCCAAAGCCACGCCCGACAACUGAUCCCCUCUAGGACCCAGCGGCCGCCUCUGGCCCACCGCGCCCAACCCCCGGACCGCACCAAUCCUCUAACCUGUACAAAGAACCUGCGUAGAGUAUUUGUCUGACUGUUUAUGUGCGCAUCAUUAUUAAAGCAUGCGUCUACUAUUUAAA